AUGGGAGACCCAAAUUCCACCGCCAAUACCAAUGCUGCCACCUCCACCACCAUCAACUGUGGCGACAGUAGUCCCUUGGAGACGAGCAAAUCAGAGAGACACGUAUGGCUGAUGAAGUGCCCUCCGGUGGUGUCUCGCUCCUUGAAGCAAUCUCCUUCCUAUGAUGACUCUUCUUCCUCUGGUGGGCCCGUCGCCAAGGUCAUUGUCGCCGUCGACCCUCUCCUCCCCAAUGACAACUUCAAUUCUACUCAGUUUACCAUGGAAUUGGCUGACCCUGAAUCCGGAAAUGUACCGAAAUGUUACUCUAUGGACAUGUCUACAGAUUUCAUUCCAAUGUCUGUGUUUUCAGAGUCAUCGCAAGGAAGGCUCUCUGUGGAAGGGAAAAUUUAUAACAAAUUCGACAUGAAGCCUCAUAAUAAAAACAUUGAGGAGUAUAGAAAACUCUGUCGGGAAAGGACAAACAAAUAUAUGACUAAAACCAGACACAUACAGGUGAUUGACAAUGAUAAUGGAAGGCAUAUGAGGCCUAUGCCCGGAAUGUUUGGUUUUAAGGCGUCUGGAUCUGGAACUGGUGUACCUAUAGAUAAGAAGAAGAUGCCGGUGAAGGGUUCAGACAUGAAAAGAACACGAAGGGACCGUGACGAGAUGGAAGGGAUUAUGUUUAAGCUCUUUGAGAGGCAGUCAAAUUGGACUCUGAAACAAUUGAUCCAUGAGACAGACCAACCUGAACAAUUUCUGAAAGAUAUACUGAAAGUCCUAUGUGUCUACAAUAACAAAGGAGCCAAUCAAGGAACAUAUGAGAUCAAACCUGAGUACAAGAGAGCUGAAGAAGAACCAUCUUCUUCAUAG